GUAGGCAGGGCGAACAUGGCGCUGGGAAGCGGAGGUGAUGCUGGACCGUGUUAACCGUUUUAAUUUUCAUCCGUUAACUGUUUAAAUUCUGUCAGGGGGGAAAAAAAGUGUAGAAAAUAUGGUUCUUCGAGUUAUAUAAUGAACCAGUGUGGUGGUUUAAACAAUGCAGGACGACAGCAAGUGAGAAACCGCUGUGUACCGGUAACUAGCCGUAGCUUGGUUAGCACCGUUUAGCUGCACUGUUGCUCAGGCUGCUAGCGCUUUAGCCGAGCUAUGCUAAAUGUUUUGGUUCUACUACCACCAGCCGAAUGUGGACAGGACCGUAGCAGAAGGUAGUUUUACACACCAAAUGACUCUUUUGUAUUAUUUGCUUUGACAAUAGUGAGUCCUAGUAGUUUAGAGGUGACUAGUCGAGCUGGGACCAUGUCCAGGCUCGGUGUGUGGAUGUUGCUAUUCGGAGCGGCGCUCCUGUGUGAAGGUGCACCUCUUCUGCGGGCACAAUCAGCAGGAGAUUCUGCAGAUGAACCACCUGUCCCUCUGAAUCUUUUGCUGGUUGUGUCCGUGUCCGCCCUGGUGGCCACCGUGGUGGUGCUGCUCAACUGCGUGAACUGCUGCAAAGAGCGAGAGAUCAACUUUAAGGAGUUUGAAGACAACUUUGAGGAUGAGAUCGACUUCACUCCUCCAGCAGAAGACACCCCGUCCAUGCAGUCUCCAGCUGAGGUGUAUACGCUGGCUGUGCCGCAGGUGCCCAUGCCUGGGCCUCCACACCUCCAGCUGCCCCGGAUAGCAGAAGUCUCGACAGGCCCACAUGUGGCACGCCACACUCUUAGUUACAUACAGGAGAUUGGGAGCGGCUGGUUUGGCAAGGUUUUGCUCAGUGAGAUCUACUCAGACCCCAGUAUAGCCAGAGUGGUGGUCAAAGAGCUGAAGGCCAACGCCAGCUCCAAAGAGCAGAAUGACUUCCUUCAGCAGGGAGAUCCGUACAGGGUUCUUCGGCACCCAAAUAUACUGCAUUGCCUUGGGCAGUGUGUCGAGGCGAUUCCUUUCCUGCUCGUCUUUGAAUACAGUGAGCUGGGGGAUCUGAGAAGCUAUGUUACUCAGCAUGAAUGGCUGUACAGGAAUGGAGAGCUGCUGCAGCUGCAGAAGAUGGCCUGUGAGAUUGCUGCUGGACUUACUCACCUGCACAAGCACAACUUCCUGCACAGUGAUUUGGCCCUGAGGAACUGUUAUCUUACAACAGACAUGACUGUCAAAAUAGGAGACUAUGGCAUUGGCCCCUCAAGAUUUAAAGAGGAUUACAUCACCACAGAGGAGGACCAGUGUGUUGCUUUGCGAUGGCUUGCACCGGAGCUUGUUGGCGAAUUGCAUGGAGGUGUGAUCACAUCAGAACAAACUAAGCCUGGCAACGUUUGGGCUUUGGGUGUGACCUUAUGGGAGCUAUUUGAGAGGGGAACACAUCCCUAUACACAUCUGUCCGAUAAAGAGGUUCUUCACCACGUCAUCCGAGAUCAACAAAUCAAACUCCUCAAGCCUCACCUCGAUCUACCUUACUCAGAAAGAUGGUAUGAGGUGCUGCAGUUUUGCUGGCUGCCUGCAGACAAAAGGGCCACAGCUGAGGAAAUUCACCGGCUGCUCACCUACCUCCGGAUGCAGGGACAAAAAGAAAUUGAAGAUGACUUUGAGCAGCGUUGGAGCUCUCUGAAGCCUAAUCCUACAACCCGGCAGACUACCGUCAGCCAUUCAUCCUUCCCCAUCUUAGAGCAGUUUGACGAUGGCCGAGAACCGGAUGAGGUGCUCACUGUGACUGAGACGAGUCAUGGCCUCAGUUUUGAGUACGUGUGGGAGGCUGCAAGACAUGACCACUACGACAGCCACAAUCGCUCUUCCAUGGAAACCACUCUCAAUUAUCACAGCAUGUUCUUUCCAGUGCCACGACAAGACAUCCAGGCUCACUUCCCUGAGACUGGAGGUGAAGCAGAGGCUGAAAGAGUCCCAGGAACCCUGCCAGUGUUUGAUGCACGAGAGAGGAACUCUGGGAACGAGUACUACAUUCAGUUAGAGGAGCAAGAUGAAAGUGACCUUGGAGUCAUGGACAGUCAGAGUGCUGAGGGAGCCACUGCAUCAAACAAGGAGCAGUACAUCGUCUUGCAGGACAUCAAGUUAGACGAGUCUAGCACAGACGCAGAUUUUUUUCACCAGAGUAUAGACUCUAAAGACUCGUUUCUUCAGGACAGCCACAUAUGGUCCUCCAGUGAACACGAGAGUCCUUACCAAGCAGACAUUUUCAGUGAGAAAGAUUCAAAAUCGGAGGAACCUAAUUCAUUCAGAAGUGGGUUCAUGGAGCUCCCGGACAUUCGACCUUUUCAUGGUGAUACCAAGGGCACAGUGGAGAAUGAAGAUCUGAGCACUUCUUUUUUAGGUAUUGAACAAGUUAAUUCAGAAGACUUUGAUGGCGGUAAUGCGGAUGUAAUAAAGCUUCUAAACACAGAGAAACUGGUUGACAACUUUGUGUUCCUAAAAGAAAAGAGCCUCAUUAAAGAGAGCUCUGGUUUUCCAGAGUCCAGAGACCUACAGAAAACGGACGUAUCGCCAAGCCUCUUUGAAAAUGUAGAUGCUACGAAUAAUUUGAAUGGCCCGUCAGAAUCUGUAGUAACUUCUGCACAGCUUAGGGAGGAAUUCUUGGACUUGGUAAACCCAAUUUUAAGAGAUUUCCUAUCACCUUUAAAGGAAAGUGAAACACUGGUGCCUUCAGAUAUAUACUCAACAGAAGAAACCUGUAGCAAGCAGCUGCCAGACAUAACUGGCUCUUCAAAUGAUGAAAACGCGAAACUAGGUGGUUGGAUUUAUUCUACUUCCGAGUCUACCUCUGAGAGCGCCGAGAUUGCUGUUCCGAGUCCAACCAGUAGUCAUCGGUUUAAUGAUGAAAGUGCUGCUACAGACAAUUUGUGCACAGCUGCCAAUACCCCUGUCCUUGAAGAAUGCCUCCCUGUCUCUGAGGAGAACAGACAGGACAUAGGAAUUGUAGGCGAGUGUUCUGAGCAGAAGAGCCAGCUCUCUUCACCUGUAGAUAAAUCAACCGAAGGAGUAGAUAGCGGUAUAACUGAAGGCUUAACAAGUAGUGACUCCUUCAGUGACAUGCUUUCAGAAAGGGAUAUCAUCCUCAGCAAAACCGAAGACGCUCCAUUGCAUGAAGCUCAGGAAGAACACUUUGUAGACAACCAUGUUUCUCAGGAUAUGUCCUCACCAUUGAUCUUGGAUUCUUGUUUGGACCAGAUCAGCCAGGACAGCCUUCUGGAGGACAGCAUUUCGUUCACUUUACCGGCUGUUGAGAAUUCAGCUGAAACCCCUGAUUCAUUAGAUUCUCUAGACAUGCACAGAGAGGUGGGGCACGGGAAAACGCUAGAUCCUUUCAUUAAUAAGCUCCAACCACCUUACAGACCUGCUGACAGUGGAUAUGAAACCGAGAACAUUGAAUCACCCGAGUGGAAUUCUCAACCAAGCACGGAUGACGUCUCAGAGAAAAAUGUAAAUGGUGCGAAAGAAGAGCCUGCUGCUGCAAUGCUGACUCCUCCAGAAAUAAUAGUGUCUGAAGUGGACAGUGUACCUGAUGUUCAGGAAAAUGGAAAUGGUCUGCGCCAAGAACUUGGUGAUGCACCUGUUGGUGGAAGCUAUAGAGAUUCUGCUUACUUCUCAGACAGUGAAGAGCUGGACAAGAAGAGCGACGACGCCAGCGGUGGAACUCCUGCUGCUGCUGCGUCGCCUUGGGUUGAGACCUCUUCCACUGGUCAUGAGUGUGAGUCGACAGAAGGGAUAUCAUCUCUCCCAGUAUGUGUAGCGUCUGGUGAUCAGCAAGAACGCGUUGGUCCUACAGUUGAUGCUGGUGUAGAUGUGUCCAGAACGUGUGUCCAACCAGAGUUGGUUUUGAGUCCAGAAGAAGACUGGGAUAAAGAAAAGCCAGCGUCUGAUUUAACUCCGAAAGAAGAGAGGUUUGAAUCCUUUUCUGAUCUCUUAACAAAUCCACCUCGUCCCAGUUCUACCCCUGAAGCUCAAGAAGAUGCAUCCUCUACCUCAGUAAUGCCUUCAGCCGAAAAUGUAGUCCACGCAAAACUAGUGAGGAGUUAUGCUGGGGAAGGCCCAAAGAAAAAGGAGCCCGAUAUGGAAGGAAGAUACCUUGGCAAGUUGGAUGGAUCAGUAACUGGAGUUUCAGAAGACGGCAUGGAGGCUGACGAGGAGGAUGAGAACAGCGAUGACUCAGAUGAUGACAUGCGCGCAUACAGACUGCAUAGUUCCGGAUCUGAAAGCGAGGAUGAUGCUGUACAUCCGGUGCCUGUUAUAGUGUCCGACAACAGUGACGCCUGCAACCUCAAAAGCUUGUUAAAACCCAAAUCGCUCCAGACACACACAUCCACAACGGCAUCGAAUAGUAACACAGAAAACAGAAGAGUAGUGUCCUUCUUUGACGAUGUCACGGUUUACCUCUUUGACCAGGAAACCCCUACAAAGGAGCUUGGAGCGCACAUCUCGGGCUCCAACAGCCAGGUGUCUGAGUUUAGCAGCCCGGUGGCCUCUUCCAGUUACCUGAACAGAUUUACGAACUCCGAAAGUUCCACAGAUGAAGAAGGUGGUGCGUUUGAGUGGGAUGAUGACUUCUCUCCAGAGCCCUCCUUCCUCCCCAAGUCAGGAAGUGAUCAGUGUGCAAGCAAGGCCACAACGGCGUACUUUUCCCCACCCCCUGCAAGCCGCUCCUCAGAGCAGAGUUGGAGCAGCUCCACCACAUACUCCCGCUUCUCCAUCUCUCCAGCAAACAUCGCCAGCUUCUCCCUCACCCACCUCACAGACUCGGACAUCGAACAAGGAGGAAGCAGUGAAGACGGAGAGAAAGACUAAAGACUGGAUGCAGUAUUUGGGCUAAAAGGACACGUUUUGUAAGUGUUGAAGAGAACCGAGAGAACUUGCCUUGAAGGCUGUGAUGAGCUUCUCAGGCAACAUUUAUUUCUUUGAAGAGAAUCUGCACAGAGUGAAUCACUGGCAUCAACGUCCUCUGUUUAUUUCCCUUCUUACACUUCAGCAAAUGAAACAUUACUGUUUUGACACCUCCAUAAACUGAGUCUGCGGAAUUGAAGGAACCUGUUGUGUUUGACAUGCUUUAAUAAGCCUUGACAGCAUUUCCUGAUCUGGCCCGAGUUCCCCAAAAGCAUCGUAGCACAAAGAUCAUCGUUAAAUGGUAGAGCGAGCAGCACAAUGAAUGCUCUCUCUCCUAGUUAAGAUGCUCUUAGUGUUAAGAGGCUUUUGGGAAACCCGCCCCUGUUUGUUUGUGCGUGUGUGGUUGAUUUUCAUGUCACGUUUUGUUGACACUUUCACCGAAUGACCUGAGCUGUACUUUUCACAAAUCACUGAUCGGCCAGUAGGCUGUCUCACGGUUGUGCAAUUUUUCUCUUGGCUUUUAGAUUGAAACAAUAAAUUUUAUGUGCCGAGUGUGUAACGCUUACCUGUUGUUAAGAACUAGCUUUGAAAUAAGAGCAGCAUUGAUGGCUAAAGAUAUUUUUGCACAACGUUUUGACUAUAGAUUUUCUAAUCGUGGCCUACAAUUUAUUGUACCUAAGAUGAAACUCUUGUAAACGCUUUUGUUUGAGAGAUAUGGAGGGAUGAUUAUUGUUGAACCAUUCCAAAUUUUUCAAAAAGAUCUGUAGUGUGUCCGUUUUGGUUAAAUGCUCAUCAUGGCUGUGUUUCUUUUAGGGUUUUCCGAUUAGUUCAGCGUUAGGAACGUCAGUCUGUACAGCGAGGUAAGGAGCGUCAUUUUCUCCUCGGAGAGUUUUUGCUUCAGUGGGGUUUUAGGAAGUUUUAUUCAUUAUCGCAGUUUAGUAGGACUGAGCAAUAUAUUUAAAAAAAACAAAACAAAAAAAAAAGCAUACAGAACUUUAUUUUUCUUUUUAAAUGCAAAAGUGAAAGGAGAAACAAAGUCAUUUUCCAAAAGUAUUUGUUGAUCAUGCAUUUGCAGAUGUGUUAAAUAUGGAAAAGGAGAACUUUGAAACUUGGACCAUUUUAUCUCUUCCUUUAUUUUAUGCAAAUUAACCAAAAUUUUUCAAGGUGGUGGAAAUCUACUGAGCAGCUGAUUUUCUUUCUCUCUCUUUCUCUCUCUCUCUCCUUCCUCCAGUUUUAGAUUGUAGCUUGUAUUUUAUCAUGACACUGUCUUGAGUUUUCAUUCACGUUGCCUUCAUCUAGAAUGUAAUAUGAAUUGUAAUAUAGUGCUAAUGAAAUGCUUUCAUGAGAAACAUUCAGAAUACUUUAAUGAUUGAUUGGUAUUUAAGAACUUCCUAUAGAUAAACACGUAUAUAUUUUACUAAAUGCCCUCAAGUAAACACUAAAGAGAAGCUUAUGGACGGACACUAAAAGUUUCAGCCGUUUUUUUUUUUAUAUAUAUAAAUGUGGUAAUCAAUUAAAUCAGCCAAUCAUAGUUUAGUCAGGAAUUUCCCUUUGUUUGGUAUAUGCAUGGUUUUGAACUCCUUUAAAUAAGCUACAGAAUUGACAUGAUGAUGAGUAUUUGAAAUGUUUUUGCUCUGUUUAUGGAACUACGAAAAGGAAAGUCUCUGGUUUUGCUUAUUCCUGGUCUUAAUUGUGAAAAUCAUGAUGUUUUCCAGAUGAUCGGGUGCGUAGAGGAUAAUUACUUUUGUAAUUCAGUAAAGUAAGCUGUGUUUCAGAACGAUGUUUGUAUUACCAGCACUCUUUCAGUUGAUCUUGAAAUUGUAUUUCAAGGAAAUAUUUUGGUUUUAUUCUGCAGUGUAUAUACACAUUUGCUUAAUCUUGCACAUCUUGAAAGCGUAACUUAAUGUCGAACUGUACGGAUGUAUAUAAAUGUUAAAUUUUUGUCUGUAAAUUGGGAAUGAUGGAAGCCCUCGGCGUAAGGUAACAUUUUGUAAUUUAAAGUUAAAGCGUGACAUAUCAUGGUUUGAACAUGAUCAACAAUGGUUAUGUUUGAAGUAAAAAUAAUUGAGAAAAUGCAGGUCAUGUCCUUAAACUUGUACAUUUUUUUUGUAAACUUCAUAUUGAUGAUCAUGCUUGGUGUAAUUGAAUGAAUUGUUUAUAAAUAAUUACACUGU